CCCGUCAGUUAACCAACUAGACGUCGGCGGGACAUUCAAACCUGAGUCGCUGACGGAAAGUAAACAGGCACGGCUGUGGACGCAUGAAAGAAAGGACUAGACACCACUGACUGGGUGACAUCGGGUUUUUAUUUCAAAUAAAUGUGUCUUCGUUAUGGAAACGUAACCAUUUAGAUUACAGAAUACAGUUUACAACAAACGAAACUACAUUGUUGGGAACCGGAAAAAAAAAAGCCAAACGUAUAGAGCUAAUACCUAUUUAACGUUACUUAUUUAGCUAGGGAAACUCAGUACCAAGAAAAUGGGAGAAUUCGGAGGCCAAACGCGACCGUGCUACGAGCGCCUGACUGCCGAGGAAAUGGACGAACAGCGAAUUCAGAAUGUUGCUUACCAGUACCUUUGCCGCCUGGAGGAGGCCAAAAGAUGGAUGGAGGCCUGUCUCCAGGAGGACCUGCCCGCCCCCAUUGAGCUUGAGGAGGGGCUAAGGAACGGGGUGCUCCUGGCCAAGCUAGGCCACUGCUUUGCACCCAAAGUUGUCCCCCUCAAGAAGAUCUAUGAUUUGGACCAGGAGCGUUACAAGGCAACGGGACUACACUUCCGCCACACCGAUAACAUAAAUCACUGGAGAAAUGCAAUGGUGGAGGUUGGAUUGCCAACGAUCUUCCACCCAGAGACCACCGACAUCUAUGACAAGAAGAACAUGCCACGCACAGUGUACUGCAUCCAUGCCCUUAGCCUUUAUCUGUUCAGACUGGGGCUGGCCCCUCAAAUCCAUGACCUGUGCGGCAAAGUCAAGUUCACAGAGGAGGAGAUCAACAACAUGAAGCGUGAGCUGGAUAAAUAUGGCAUUCAGAUGCCAGCCUUCAGCAAGAUCGGGGGCAUCUUGGCAAACGAGCUGUCUGUGGAUGAGGCUGCAGUGCACGCGGCAGUGAUCGCCAUUAACGAGGCGGUGGAGCGCGGCUGUGUAGAGGACACUGCCCAGGCGUUGAGGAACCCCAACGCCAUGCUGGCUGACCUGUGGAACCACCUCAUGCCCGUCUACCAGGAGAUGCUGCGGCAGGCCCGGGCACAGAAGGCCGCUCGUGCCUAUACCAAGGUGAACGGUUCCGAGGGGAAAGACAUCUAUGAGGAAUACCUCACACAGAGUGAGAUCCAGGACAGUAUCAACAAGGUGAACGUGCGCGCGGUGUUGGAGCAAGUGGACGAGGCUCUGGAGUGUGGGGACUCCCUGGCUCUCAUCUCUGCCCUGCAAACGCCCUGUCUGGCGCUGCGGGGCGUGCGCAGAGACCACGGCCCCUGGUACCUGGAGCAGCUAGCUGCCGACCGCGAGCAGAAGGCCCUGGACUUGGGAUGUGUGGACCCUCUGGAUCACGAUGAGCUGCAGGAGGGUGUCUAUGUGGCAAACGAAGAGGCGCAACGCUCCCAGACAAUGCAGCAGGCGGUGCGGGGCAUUAACGAGGCCUUGCGUGGCGGUGAGCCCAGGCAGACCGCGCGCGCCCUGAUGAACCCGGACGCCCAGCUCCCGGACGUCUACCCCUUCGCCUCCGAGCUGUACCAGCGGGAGCUGGGCCUCCUGCAGGGACAGAGCCCUCAGGGCGAGCUACAACAGGAGGAGCUCUUUGUGGCAGUGGAGAUGCUGUCCGCAGUGGCUCUGAUCAACCAGGCCUUGGAGGCCAAGGAUGGUGGCGCUUUCUGUGCGACCCUGGUCAGCCCAGCAGCGGGGCUGUCUGACAUCGACGACGGUUUGGUUCAGAGGUACUUUGAGGAGCUGUGUGGGCUGAAGAGACAGGCAGGGAGGGCCUUGCUGACGUGGAAUGAGCUCCAGGGCGGGCUCAACACCGUCAACGCAGCGGUGCAGGAAGAGCACGACCAGAUCCUCAGCAUUGGACUGAUCAACCAGGCCCUGUGCCGCAGCGACCCUCAGAAGACCCUGGCCGCGCUGCUGCUGCCCUCCAGUGGCCUGGAGGAGGUACAGCCCGUGAAUGCCAGGCGCUACCACGAUGUGCUGACCCAAGCCAAAAGACGCAAAGCAGAGGAGAGCCGUGAUCCCUCAGCCGAGCUCUGGUUGGCUGACAUCCAAGAGGGGGUGAGGAAAGCCAAUCAGGACACGCAGAGAGCUCUGAAGAUGUCCCUGGGGCUGGCGGCGGUGAAUCAGGCGGUGAAGGAGGGCCGGGCCUCGCAGACGCUGCGGGUCCUGGGCCUGCCUGAAGUGGCCCUGAGGAGCCUGGUGGCGGACUGCGCGGCGGGGUACCAGGCCGAGCUGACCGCCCUGCACAGGGCCAAAGCCGUGGGGGGUGAUAACAGGAGCCCCUGGGUCCGACACAAGACUCAGGACGGGAGCUCAUAUUACUUCCACCUGCAGAGGCUGGAGGGCACGUGGGAGCGGCCCAAGGGCUUUGUGCAGAACAGCCUGUUCCUGGGCCAUGACGAGAUACAGGCGGUUCUGUCGAGCGUGGCGGCGGCGCACAGUCGGGAGGUGCAGUGGAAGGCCAGCGAGGCGCUGGUGGUGCAGCUGCAGGCCAGGGUCAGGGGCUUCCUCGUGAGGCAGAGGCUGGGCCACCGCCUGCACUUCCUGCACACUCAGCUGCCCGCCAUCGUCACCAUACAGUCCCACUGGAGGAGGUACAGACAGCAGCGGGCCUACAGACAGAGGCUGCAGUACCUCUGCCGCAACUGGAGGGCAGUAAUCAAGAUCCAGGCCAACGUGAGGAUGUGGCUGACCAGACGGAGGUACCAGGCUCGGCUCAGACACUUCAGACGAAACGUGGGCGCUAUUGUGAAGAUUCAGGCCUUUUUCAGAGCCAAUAAGGCGCGUGAGGACUACAGAAUGCUGGUGCACUCCCUCGCUCCCCCGCUCUCCGUGGUGCGCAAGUUUGCUCACCUGACAGCGACUGCCUCCCAGGGGGGACUCUGCAUCAGGAGUGCAUCUUUGAAGUAUAGUAUUGUAUAUGUUUUAUAUAUAUAUAAUUUCCAGAUUUCUCUUGCACAGCCUGUAUACUUCAUUACUGAUGAGCAGACAGGCUGAUAGCUUGCUUACUCUGUCUCUCCUGGAGUGUAGGAGGUGGUGUCCCACUGCAAGAAACUGACCAAGAAGAACAAGGAGCAGCUGUCAGACAUGAUGGCUCUGGACAAACACAAGGGGCUCAAGUCCCUGAGCAAAGACAAGAGGGAGAAGCUGGAGGCCUAUCAGCACCUCUUCUACCUGCUGCAGACCCAGCCCCUGUACCUGGCCCAGCUCAUCUUCCUCAUGCCCCAGAACAAGAGCACGCGCUUCAUGGAGACUGUGAUCUUCACCCUCUUCAACUACGGCUCCGACUGCAGGGAGGCCUACCUGCUGCUCCAGCUCUUCACCACAGCCUUGCGUCACGAGAUCAAACUGAAGGUGGACGCGCCCCAGGAGCUGGUGAAGGGGAACCCGACCGUCAUCAAGAUGCUGGUGAGCUUCUACCGGCACGCCCGGGGCCAGAACGCCCUCAGGGAUGUCCUGGGGCCCGCCAUCCGGGAGGUGCUGCAGGAGCGGGCCCUCAGCAUCCGCACGGACCCCGUGGAGAUCUACAAGAGCUGGAUCAACCAAGCCGAGUCCCAGACGGGCCACAAGAGCUCUCUGCCGUACGAGGUGAGCGCCGAGCAGGCCCUCGGCCACCCCGAGGUCCAGCGCCGCCUGGGCGUGGCCAUCAGCAACCUGAAGACCAUGACCGACCGCGUGCUCAACGCCAUCACCACCAACGUGCACAAGCUGCCAUACGGGAUGCGGUACACGGCCAAGGUCCUGAGAGAGGCACUGCAGGAGAAGUUCCCCCAGGCCAGCCAGGACGAGCUCUACAAGAUCGUGGGGAACCUGCUGUAUUACCGCUACAUGAACCCGGCGGUGGUGGCGCCGGACGGCUUCGACGUGGUGGAGUUCUCGGCGGGCUCGGCGCUGCUGCCGGACCAGCGGCGCACCCUGGGCUCCAUCGCCCGCGUCCUGCAGCACGCCGCCGCCCACAAGCACUUCCAGGGCGACAGCGCGCACCUGCGCGCCCUCAACGACUACAUCACGCUCACGCACGCCAAGUUCAGCAAGUUCCUGCAGGCCGCUUGUGACGUCCCGGAGCCGGAGGAGCGCUUCAGCAUCGAUGAGUACUCGGAGAUGGUCGUCCUAAACAAACCCGUCAUCUACAUCUCCAUCAGCGAGCUCAUCAACACCCACAAGCUGCUGCUGGAGCAUCAGGACUGCCUGAGCCCGGACCCCUCUGACCCCCUACGGGAGCUGCUGAGGGAUCUUGGGAAGGUGCCGUCUAUCCAGGCUCUCGUUGGGGAGGGAGUAGUGACCUCUGGGGACCCCAACGCAGAACAGAUCCUGACACAGUACAGCAAGCUCGAGGUGUCUCUGACCCUGACCAGCAAGUUUGACAUCUUCCGAAGCUCCGAUGACCGGCCUGAUGCCAGAGGGAUCCUGCUCAGUACCAAGCAGCUGAUCAUCGAUGUGAUCCGGACGCAGCCCGGGGAAACGCUGGGUGAAGUUCUGAGGUCCUCCAUCUCCCGUGACCAGGAAGCGCAGCACUGCUGGAUGAUGCAGCGGCGAGCUCAGCGCGACGCCCGCACCCCGGAGAAGAUGAAGAGGAACCAGUCGCUCGUCGCCGACGGCAACCUGUCCCUGGAAGAGAAGAAGAGGAAGAUUCAGAGGAGCCUGAGGAGGCUGGAGGCCCUGGGGGUGCUGACCCCCCCAGACACCGAGGCCCAGAUCCUGCAGCUCAUCGCCAAGGACAUCCGUCACCAGCGGCUGUACCGCCAGCGGCGGCAGGCGGAGCUGGUGAAGCUGAGGCAGACAGCGCACAGCCUGCACUGCAAGAGCUCCUUCCACAGCGAGCAGGUGGACUACUACAGCCAGUACAUCACCACCUGCCUGGAGAACCUGACCGCCAGCAGCAGUAAGGGGAACGGGAGGAAGGCGGCGGAAAGCAAGGGGAAGAAGUGCAAGCAGCCGGCCCUGACGUACACCGCCGCCCGGCUGCACGAGAAGGGGGUGCUGCUGGAGAUCGAGGACCUGCCUGUGACCCAGUUCAAGAACGUGAUUUUUGACAUCGUGCCCAGUGAGGAGGGGGGCACGUUCCAGGUGAAGGCUCGCUUCAUGGGAGUGGACAUGGAGAAGUUCCCUCUCAAAUACCAGGAUCUGCUGCAGCUCCAGUAUGAAGGAGUUGCUGUGAUGAAGAUGUUUGACAAGGCCAAAGUCAACGUCAACCUGCUCAUCUUCCUCCUCAACAAAAAGUUCUUCAAAAAGUGAUGAGCUGAAAGAAUACGUCUCCAGAACAUAACCAAAUUCAAACAAAUGUCACUCCUGAGGCUUUAUAUCCUAGUUUCACUGAUUGAAACCACAUGCCAGCCGUUGAAUAUUAUAACGGGUACGUUUUUAAGAAUGCAACGUGCUUUCUUAAAGACCGGGACUAAAUGCAAAACCUUGAUUGAAUGGUGCAUAAAGCGUUUGAAGAUUGACACAGUAGUUGUCUUCACACCAUCUUCAUAGUAAGUUGAUAUUUAAGUAUCCCGGGCCAUUUAUUCAGCACUGAUAUUGACCCCAAACAUGACAUGCGAUUUCAACAUUCUGAAGUCCUUCCUAGGAUUAGACUUGCAUGUUUUACCAGUUAACUGAAUACAUGUGCUAGAAUUAUUUACAAGACAAGACUACAACACUACAACAGCCAGAUUUUAGGAAAUUUUCCAUCAUAACUUUAGAAUCAACGGACACAUGAAAAUGCCAAAAAAGCUGAACAAGUCCAAUGAGGAUGAGUUUAGUGGCUCAGUCAACGUUUCUGGGAGAGGAAAACGUAUUUAUUUUAUUGUACAGUGACAGUGCAGUGAGUUGAGAACAGGAGCAAUCAGAUGAGAUUAUGAGGUUCUGUAGUUUUUUUUUGUUUGUUUGUUUGUUUUGCAUGAAUUGGGCAAAUGGAUAUGGCAGCUUUAAACAUAUUUGUAUGUUAUUUGGGUUUAUAUUCAGUGCCAUUUAAUAGGAUUGCGAGCCCAUACUAAGAGCUCAAGCUUAUGUCCUUUUCCUCUAGAAGAUAAUUACGCUGUUUUUAUUAACAUUACUAUUAUUAUGGAAGCAGGGAUAUUUUUGUUUCUUUCAAAUGCUUUACUGUUCAAGGUACCCAUGACCAGCUUGAAUUAGUUUUAUUAUGUACAAGCACCUGUUUGUUUUUAUUAUGAUUUUGUAUAUCAAAAGGGAAUAUCUACAUGGCUUUCAUAUAUACAUUUAGCAUUAUUGAUUAUUCGGUAUCUGUGCACUCCUUUUGUUUCACUUGUAUUCAGAGGCAUAUUUUCAUGGGCUGUCAUAAUCAUAUUUUAAGGUUGGCGGCUUCGUCACCGUUCCCCUUUUAAACCCCUGACCAGCUCCACAUGCAUUAUUUAUGGGAUGCACUUAAAUAGAACACUCCAGCUAGCACGUAUUAUGCAUACAAUCCCAGGGUAUUAGUGCGCAGCUUUUAAUUGGCUAAAGCCUGCUGUUUAGCUUCUGGAGGUUACACUCCUCAUGUAUAUCUGUGAGAUUCUGAAUUGUUUGAUCUCUUUUCGGAGUUAACCCUUUUUUUUCUUUUUCACCGUGUGGCAGAGGAAAUGGCAGUUGCGACGGGCGACUUCCUGUGAUUGUUUUAUUUUUUUGUCCUAGCUUCUGUGCUGUUGAUCACUAAAAGGAGCAGCACAACUGAAAGGCAUGUGCCAUUUUUAACAGAAUGCACGGACGACACUGAGGUGAUGGACAUGCCCCUGUCUUUGGUCUUUGGUUGUUCUGGAGGCGAAUUGUCUCACUACCUAAUUUAAGCUGCUGUCGGUUUGGACCCAGCCAUUCUCCUGUAAAUAUUUUCUAAUGUAAAUGCAUUUUUCUUUAACCUGCCCCUUUUGUUACACUGUCCUGCUUUCUUCUAGUAUCCAGACUCUUAUAGCUUCAUCUUUUCAUUUCACUUUCUUUAAAAACACUAACAUCCUCUUGUGAUAUAAAUGGUUUUAAAAGCCUUGGACAAAGAGCCUCUGAAUUACCUGCUCUUUUAUAAAUAUCCUCUGACAUGUGCAUGGGAAACAUCCCAUUGUAACAUUACUAGUCGAUCUGGGAGGUGGAUGUUUUGCAUCAGUUUGGAAAAUUUAAACCCUUCUGUUCUGACAUUUGUGGAACCCUUCUGAGAGAAAUUACAAUUUAUGUUCAGUGCGCUUGUUUGUCAAAAUAAAAUCUGAUCGAGUA